AAAAUGCAGAAGUAGAAGCCAGUCAAGAGACAACUGCCGCUGCCGCUCCAGAAGAAGCUCCAAAGGAUGAGAAGGCUGAAGAGGUUCCAAAGGUUGAAGAGCCCAUUGCCACAGUUCCCGUUACCGAGCCUAUCACUGCUGCAGAUACGCCUGACCUAUUGUCCCCUGGCGGUGCCCAAUCUCCUACUGAGGCCCGAGACGAAGAAAAGGCCCUUAUCGAGCAAAAGCGUCUAGAAGAGCAGAAAGAAGUGGAGGAAAAAUUGGCUAAGAUGGCGGCUGAAGAGAAGGCUGAAGAAGAGAGACUUGAAAAACUGCGCCAAGAGGCUGAAGAGAAGGAGCGUCUAGCUCGCGAGAAGGAAGAGGCAGAACAAAAGGCGGCUGAGGCAGAGAAGGAACGAUUACGGCUUGAGAAAGAGGAGCAGGAGCGUUUAGCUCGCGAGAAAGAACAAGCGGAACAAAAGGCGGCAGAAGCAGAGAAGGAGCGGAUACGGCUUGAGGAAGAGGAGAAGGAGCGCAUCAAAAAGGCUGAAGAGGAGGCUCGACUACAAGCGGAGAAAGAGGCGGAAGAGGAGGCUCAAAAGGCUCGUGAAGCAGAAGAACGGAGGAUAGCGAUGGAGAAGGCUAAAGAGGCUGCCAUGAUCGCUGCUGUUGCUGAAGCAGACCGCGCUGCCAAACAGGAAGCCGCCAUGAUUGCUGCUGUAGAGGAGAGACGUGCUGCUGAAGCCGAGAAAGCGAGAAGAGAGCAAGAGGAAGCUGAAAUGGCUGAACGAACUCGUCAGGAAGAAGAGGCUGAACGAAAGCGCAAAGAGGCAGAGGAAGAGCGCAAGAAGAAAGAUGAAGAAGCUGAAGAGAAGGCUCGUGUAAAGGCUCGCAACGCUGUUCAACAAGCUGCUAUGGCUGCCGUUCAAGCUCGUCGUGUCGCAAUCGAGAGGGAGGAGGAAGAGCGAAAACGUCGUGAGCAGGAAGAGGAAGAUCGACGUAUACAGGAGGAAGAGGAUCGUGCCAAGGCAGCUCGUGAAGAAGAGGCCAAAAAGGCACAUGAGCGUGAAGUCGCUGCAGAGCUCGCUCGAAUCCAAGCUGAGAAGGAGGCCGAAGAAGCACGAUUACUCGCAGAAGCGGAGCUUGAAGCACGUCGACUUGCUGAAGAGGCUCAACGCAAGAUUGCAGAGGAGUUGGAAGCCCAACGAAAGGCCGAGGAAGAGGAACGCCAGGAGCAGGAACGCAAGCGCAAGGAAGAUGAGGCGGCAUCGGGAUGGGGGUUCUUUAGGCAGAACAAGAGAAAUCAAGAAAAGCCGGAGAAGGCUCGGCUUCAGAAAGAGAAGAAGGAGCGAGAAGAAAGAGAGCGAAAGCAACGAGAGGCAGAAGAGAAAGCCAGGCUCCAAAGAGAAAAGGAGGAGAAGGAAGAAAGAGAGCGGCUGGAGCGAGAAGAAGAAGAGAGGCUUGCUCAACUCGAAGCCGCACGUGCUGAGGCCGAGAGGCUCGAGGAAGAAAAGAUCGCUCGUGAACUUGAAGCUGCCCGACUCGAGAGAGCCCGCAUCGAAGAAGAGGAGAGACUGAAGCGCGAAGCCGAAGAGGAAGCUCGACGACUGGCAGAGGAGGCCCGACAACUUGAAGAAGAGAUACGUCAGGAAGAAGAACGUUUAGAGCGAAUCCGCCUCGAGGAGGAGCGUAUCAAAGAGGAAGAACGUCGUCUCGCAGAGGAGCAGGCUCGUCGGCUUGCUGCCAAGCAGGAGGAAGAGCGAGUUCGUCGAGAAGAAGCUGAGCGUUUGGAGCGAGAAAAGAAAAAACAAGAGAAAGAGUCUCCUGGUCGCGAGAUCACUGCCAAGGAGCUCGAAGAUCGUUUCUCUCAGCUACGCAUUCCCAACUUCCGCAAGACUGGUCUAUGGCUGAAGAUGCCCGAGCCUGAUGUCGCCGAAAGUGACGUCCCAAGUGCUCCUGAUAGCCCUCGUUCUGGUCUCAGCCUGAGUCCUGUCUCCAGCGACUUGGACGAAGCUAGUGAUAUCGGGCAACCUCCAGAUUCUCCUCGCUAUGACCCAGAAUCUCCUCUUCCUACACGCAAGAUUACAUACCCCUUGGGCGACUUGAGACAACUCAAAGACUUUGGAAUGCGCUCUGGUCGUUCCGUCAGCAGUAGCGUUGCACCGAUUCCUCCCUCUAGUCCUCCUCGUCAAGCCACUCCUCUUCCCAUUGCGAAUGGCGUCAGGCGCUAA